AUGUCCACGAUUGCAGCUUUCUAUGGUGGCAAGUCCAUUCUCAUUACUGGAGCCACAGGCUUCUUGGGCAAAGUGUUGAUGGAGAAGCUAUUUCGUACCAGCCCAGACCUGAAAGUCAUUUACAUCCUGGUGAGGCCCAAGGAGGGCCAGACCCUGCAGCAGAGGGUUUUCCAGGUCCUAGACAGUAAGCUGUUUGAAAAAGUCAAAGAAGUUUGUCCAAACGUGCAUGAGAAGAUCCGAGCUAUUUCUGCAGACCUCAAUCAGAAUGACUUUGCCAUCAGCAAGGAGGACGUGCAGGAGCUUCUUUCGCACACAAACAUCAUCUUCCACUGUGCCGCUACCGUGCGCUUUGAUGACCACCUCAGACAUGCUGUGCAGCUCAACGUCACUGCCACCCAGCAGCUUUUGCUCAUGGCCAGUCAGAUGCCGAAGCUGGAGGCCUUCAUACACAUUUCUACUGCCUUUUCAAACUGUAACCUGAAGCACAUUGAUGAAGUCGUCUAUCCAUGUCCUGUAGAGCCAAAAAAAAUCAUUGACUCCAUGGAGUGGUUAGACGAUGCUAUUAUUGAUGAGAUCACACCCAAACUGAUCGGAGAUCGGCCUAACACGUACACCUAUACCAAGGCCUUGGGAGAGGUGGUGGUGCAGCAGGAAGGUGGCGGCCUCAACAUUGCCAUCGUACGGCCCUCCAUCAUGGGAGCAACCUGGCAGGAGCCCUUCCCAGGUUGGGUUGAUAACUUAAAUGGACCUAGUGGGCUCAUUAUUGCGGCUGGGAAAGGGUUUCUUCGGUCCAUAAGAGCGACUCCGAUGGCGGUGGCAGAUUUGAUUCCAGCAGACACAGUGGUCAAUCUCACGUUGGCUGUGGGAUGGUACACGGCAGUUCACAGACCUAAGUCAACAUUGGUCUACCACUGUACAUCUGGCAACCUCAAUCCCUGUAACUGGGGCAAAAUGGGAUUCCAAGUCUUGGCAACCUUUGAAAAAAUCCCAUUUGAGAGAGCUUUCAGGAGACCCAACGCUGACUUCACAACCAACAACAUCUCAACCCAUUACUGGAAUGCUGUCAGUCACCGGGCCCCUGCCAUCAUCUAUGACUUCUAUCUUCGUCUCACAGGAAGGAAGCCCAGGAUGACGAAGCUCAUGAACCGGCUUUUAAGAACAGUUUCCAUGUUGGAGUAUUUCAUCAACCGGAGCUGGGAGUGGAGCACGCACAAUACUGAGAUGCUGAUGUCUGAGCUGAGUCCCGAAGACCAGAGAGUAUUCAACUUUGAUGUACGUCAGUUGAACUGGUUAGAAUACAUUGAAAAUUAUGUUUUAGGAGUUAAGAAGUACUUAUUGAAAGAGGAUAUGGCUGGGAUCCCAGAAGCAAAGCAACACUUAAAAAGGCUCCGAAAUAUUCACUACCUCUUUAAUACUGCUCUCUUCCUCAUCGUCUGGCGUCUCCUCAUUGCAAGAUCUCAGGUGGCUCGGAAUGUGUGGUUCUUCAUCGUGAGCUUCUGUUACAAAUUCCUCUCCUACUUUAGGGCAUCUAGCACACUCAAGGUCUAA